AUGAACGCUUCUCAAAUCACCGCACACCCGGGAGACUACUGUACUGUUGGCACUUGUUCUCUCCUAUUGGCACACCUCACAUACAUUCCCUCGCUGCUGGGCAAUCUAACCUAUCUUACCAUCUUUGCAAUUAUCCUCCUUGUACAACUCUAUCUUGGUAUCCGGCACAAAACAUGGGGAUAUCUCGUCGGGAUGGUCGGCGGUCUCGCGCUCGAAAUCAUAGGCUAUGCAGGCAGGAUCCAAAUGCACUUCAACCCGUUUCCAUUCGAUCCAUUCCUGGAAUAUCUGAUCUGCCUGACCAUCGGUCCGGCGUUCAUAGCAGCGGCCAUAUACCUGUGUCUCGGCCAUAUCGUUGUCGUCUAUGGCGAAGACGUAUCAUCUAUAAAGCCACGUACUUACAGCCUCUUGUUCGUAACUUGUGACUUCCUGUCGUUGGUUCUUCAGGCAGUAGGUGGAGCAUUAGCUGCUACAGCGGACACGAGGCCGGACAGAGCUAUCGGUGUGAACGUCAUGAUUGCUGGGCUCUCCACACAGGUUGUAUCAUUGAUCCUCUUCAUGGGACUCUGUGCUGAGCUUGCCUGGCGUGUACGGAGAAGUCCACAUCUCAACGAGCGGACUGCCGGCUUGCGAUCCUCGAGGAGAUGGAAGCUCUUUCUAUUCGGCCUUGCUAUAGCUACCAUCACGAUCUUCAUCCGUUGUGUAUUCCGAGUAGCCGAACUCCAGUCGGGGUUCAAAGGUGAACUUUUCAAUCAUGAAGUUACAUUCAUGUUUCUCGAGGGGCCGAUGAUUAUUAUUGCCUCUGUUUUUCUGACCAUCUUCCAUCCGGGCGUAGUGUGCUUCGGAUAUGAGGAAGAGAUUCACUGGAGCCUGCGACGUCAAAAGCAGAUGGAGUCAACUCAUCAUAAGCUUGGCUCAUUGGAACAUGCUGGCGGAGCUGAUGGGAGACUGGGUCCUUAA